CACGGUUCAGUCACAUCUGUAAAUAGUGUCAAAUUAUUGACAAUUUAUUUGAAUUUAUGAAUGUGCGGGUGAUUUUAAAUGAUCUUUACUAACAAAUAUAGCCGAAUUAAAUACAAUAUUUCCUAAAUAUUCGUUUCCAAUCGUUGUGAAGUUUUGUGUUGUGAUAAUAUUGUGAUUUUCUGAUCAGCUGAUUUGAUCGUCCGUUAAAAAAUAAAAUUGUUUUCGAUUGAAAUGUCAGCGAGUUAGCAAGAAAUCAAUUGAAUAUUCGAAUCGAACCGUGAACACACAGUAACUGUACUUAAUUAUAAGAUACCAAAAUGGAUCCCGGAUAUUUUGAUAUAGAGAGGAAGCAAAACCCGAGGGAAACUGCUAACAUCUUCUCUAAACUAUGUUACUGGUACACUCGACCUGUAUUUGAAAAGGGCCGUAAAGGACAAUUAAGCAUAUCAGACCUUUAUAGAUGUACACCAGGGCACAGAGCGGCGCCGCGGGGGGAUGUUAUGGCGGAGCAAUGGAAACACGAAAAACAAAAACAAGAUAAAAAUAAAAAGCCGUCGUUGCUAAGAACUAUAGUGAAAAUAUACGGUACAAAGUUCAUCAUAGGAAAUUUAAUAUUUGCAUUUAUAGAUGCUAGUAUUAGGUUAUCAAUACCAAUGUGCCUGGAGGGGCUUAUUAAUUACUUUUCGCCGUCGCACGCGGGCGUCACCACCAAUGAAGCGUAUCUGUACGCCCUAGGUGUUGUGGGGUUCAUGGCGAUGAGCGCCAGCAUGAUUCACCCCAUGCUGCUGUGGUUACUCACCAUGAGCAUGAAGAUCAGGGUCGCCUGCUGCUCACUCAUAUACAGAAAGCUACUACGAUUAGAUUUAACGACCGGGGGCAAAGCUUCCGAGGGUCUAGCUGGUCACGUGGUCAACUUGCUGACUACUGACGCGCAGCGCUUCGACAUGGCCAGCCUGUUCAUGGUGGACCUGGUGCGCACACCCAUAGAGAGCGUACUCAUCAUCUACCUCAUGUACCGGCAGAUAGGUGUCGCCACGCUCAUCGGAGUUUCCUUCCUCCUGUUGUUUAUACCACUGCAAGGUUACCUAGGCAAGAUCUCGAGCAAGUUGCGACGACAAACUGCCGUGCGGACAGACAACCGCAUCCGUCUGAUGAACGAGGUGAUACAGAGCAUUGAGGCUAUCAAGAUGUACGCCUGGGAGAACGCCUUCGUCAGGAUCAUUGGACAGGCGAGGAAGAAAGAGAUGAAUGUAAUAAAGAAGAUGUCGUGGCUGCGCGCCGUGAUGAUAUCCUGCGUCAAGCUGAACACGAAAGUCGCAAUAUUCCUCAGCAUCAUCUCCUUCCUCUCCUUCCAAAACGAGUUGACCGCCUCCAAGGUGUUCGUCAUCUUCUCCUACUACGACAUCCUCAAGUAUACUCUGGUCGACUUCCUGCCGCUGGCUAUUACCUUCACCCUGGAGGCGUACGUCAGCGUGAAAAGGAUGCAGGAGUUCCUGCUGCUGCCAGAAGUUGAUAAUCAGGAUAAUGUUAAUCUGAUAAAUAUAGAAGAGAGUAAGGUUCCCGCUCUUAGCAAUGGAGUUUUUGAGAAGAUUGGCAAUGGCGGGCAAACGUACAUAAAGUCUGAAUCGAACCUGGAGCACGUGAAGGCGAACGUGUUGGUCAGCUUCAAGCAGUACACGGCGCACUGGAGGAACGUCGACGAUGAGACGGCCGAUGGCAAGCAACUCGCCCUCGCCGAUAUCGACUUGGACAUAAAGCCGGAGAGCCUGACGACGGUGGUGGGUGUGGUGGGCGCGGGCAAGUCUACGCUGCUGCAGGCGAUGCUGCGCGAGCUGGUGCCCAGCUCCGGCACUCUGCACGUGCGCGCCAACAUCGCCUACGCCGCACAGGAUCCCUGGCUCUUCGAUGCUUCCGUACGGCAGAACAUACUGUUCGGUCAGGAGCUGGACCUGCGCCGCUACAAGCAGGUGAUCAAGUGCUGCCAGCUGAAGAGUGACCUCGACAUCCUGCCGCACGGGGACAAGACCGUCGUCGGCGAGAGAGGUUCGACCCUGUCAGGCGGGCAGAGGGCGCGCGUGUCGCUGGCUCGCUGCGUCUACCAGCAGGCUGAUCUCUAUCUACUGGACGACCCGCUGGCGGCUGUAGAUGCAAAGGUGGCGCAGGCGAUCUACGAGGAGUGCGUGCGCGGGUUCCUGCGGGACCGGGCGGUGGUGCUGGUGACGCAUCACGUGCAGUACGCACGACACGCUGACAACGUGUGCGUCAUGCGCGACGCCAGGAUAGUAGCACAAGGGACGUACCAAGAACUGAAAUCUGGUGUAGCAGAGUUUGAGAAGCUGAAAGAGAUGGGGGAGCGCGUCGAAGAACAGAAACAGAAGCAGAAGGCUGGGUACGAGAAGCACGAAAGCAUUGUGUACCCAGCUGCAGCGAUAGUCGAGCAAGUGGAUAUAAGUAAAAAUGACAACAUCCACAAGCUGCGCUCCCAGAGAUCUAUGUCCGAAGCAUCACAACUCUCCUUCAACAUGGACCUCGACAACCACAUGGACCCCAAGUAUGAAGGUGAGAGUCAGAACAAGGGUUCAGUGGACAGCAGCGUGUACCUGGCGUACAUCAAGAGCGGCGGCAGCGUCGCCUCCAUGCUGCUGCUGUUCGCUCUCUUCCUGCUGGCCCAGGUCUUCUACUCCUCCUGCGACGUCUGGCUCAAAGAGUGGGUAAAUUUGGAAGAAAAAAACAGCGCGUAUAACUCCGUGAGAAGGAAUUACACGAACGCCUCCUCCGCCGCACCGCCUCCAGAUUUCCAGGAUAUACCUGACAACUACUUCCACCUGACGCGCAACGAGUGCGUGUACAUCUACGGCAGUCUGAUCGCCAUCUGCAUCUUCUUCACUGGCAACAAGCUCAUCGUCUUCUACAACACCUGCAUAAAGGCCUCCAUCACUCUGCACGACAAUAUGUUCAGAGGAGUUACCAACGCCCCGAUGUGGUUCUUCCACCACAACCCCUCGGGCCGAAUCCUGAACCGCUUCUCCAAGGACAUGGGUCAGGUGGAUACCCUGCUGCCAGUCGCGCUGGUCGACUGUCUCGGGUUCUUCUUAGAAGUGGUGUCGAUCUUGGUGGUGGUUUGUCUGGUGAACUGGUGGCUGCUGCUGCCCACCGCGGUGGUGGCCUUCCUCCUGCAUCUGCUGAGGAACCUCUUCCUCAACACCAGUCGAGAGCUCAAGAGGAUAGAGGCAAUCGCUCGCAGUCAGAGCUUGAACCAGGCGGCGGCGACGGUGUCGGGGCUGACGACGAUCAGGUCGUGCGGGUCGCGGCAGAGGGUGCUGGCGCGGGAGUUCGACAAACUACAGGACCUGCACAGCUGCGCCUGGACCCUCGUCCUCAACACCAACCGCGCCUUCGGCUUCUGGAUGGACAUGGUCUGCUGCCUCUACCUCGCCUUCGUCACCUUCAGUUUCUUCCUGUUUGUUGGAGGCGACGCGAUGGGCGGCAACGUGGGGCUGGCCAUCACGCAGGUGAUCGGCCUGGUGGGCAUGUGCCAGUACGGCAUGCGACAGACAGCCGAGGUCGAGAACCAGAUGACAUCGGUGGAAAGAAUAUUGGAAUACACGAACCUGCCGGCGGAACAUCCCGUAGAUGUCGACGAAAACUUAUUGAAGGCAGAAAAUCCUAAUCUAGAUUUUGAUACGUGGCCGAACAAAGGUGAAAUAGUAUUCGAGGACGUGUCGGUGGAGUACGAGAAGCCGCCCAGAAAGGAAGGGGGUGCGGGUGGUGUGGGUGUUGUGGGGGAGGUGGCGGAGGAGGUGCAGUACGCGGUGCGCGGCGUGAGCUUCUCAGUGGCGGCGGGCGAGAAGGUGGCGGUGGUGGGGCGCACCGGCGCCGGCAAGAGCUCGCUGGUGGCGGCGCUGUUCCGGCUGGCGCGGGUGUCGGGGCGCGUGACGGUGGACGGCGUGCGCGCGGAGGCGUGCGGGCUGCGCGCGUGGCGGUCGCGGCUGUGCGCGCUGCCGCAGCGGGCCGCGCUGUUCGCCGCCACGCUGCGCGACAACCUCGACCCCGAGCGGCGGUACGGCGACGCGCAGCUGUGGGCGGCGCUGGAGCGCGUGCGGCUGCGCGCGGCGGCCGCGGGCCUGCCGGGCGGGCUGGCGGCGCGCGUGGGCGACGCGGGCGGCACGCUCUCGGCCGGCCAGCGCCAGCUGCUGUGCCUGGCGCGCGCCGCGCUCGCCGGCCGCAAGGUGCUCGUGCUGGACGAGGCCACGGCCAACGUGGACACGGAGACGGACGAGCACAUCCAGGCGACGCUGCGCACCACCUUCGCGCAGGCCACGGUGCUCACCAUCGCGCACCGCCUCAACACCGUCAUGGACUACGACCGCGUCAUCGUUAUGGACAAGGGGCGCGUGGUGGAGUCGGGGCAUCCGUUCGAGCUGCUGACGAGCGCGGCGGGCCGGCCAGAGCUGCCGCCCCGAAGGACGCUGCUGACUAAGAGCCAAGCGCCGCUCGCGAUACCCGAGAACUUCCCGUUCGAGGCGGAGCGGCCCGCGGACACAGACCUCAACGAGACCUUCGUGCUCUCCCGCGACAGGAUCAGGACCUAUUCCAACAGUUCUAUUGUGGGCCGCAGGUCCGAGGCGAACGACCAGGAGACAGGUUACUUCAAAUCCCUGGUGGAGCAGACCGGCCCCGAGACGUCCGCCAUGCUGCACCGCAUGGCCGAGGAGAGCUAUAAAAAACUACAAGAAAAAAAGAAGACGUCCUAAACGUUUUAAAAACAAAACAAAAACUUAACCUAUUGAAAAACAUCACCAAGUGCUUUUAACAAUGUUCCUUCGAGUGAGUAGAGAGAGGAGUUGUUUAUAUUGUGAGAUAUAAGUAUAAGGCUGGACCUUAACACUAUAUAUAUAUUUAUUAUACAUGUGUCAUGUUUACACGUUAUUUUGGAACAUCCUGUAUAUCAAAUUAGUAUAACUUGCCUUGCUAAGACUUAAACUUUGUCACAUACGUUUAAUAAACUGUAUUAUAUACUUAAAUAUAUAUUUUAAAUUAAAAACUAUUAUCGCAGCAAACAAGUAAAAAACUAAUUUCAUGUUAAAAAUGACUACUCGAGUUAAUAUGAAAAUUUAAAUUGUUACAUUUCAUUGAGAUUUGUCAAUUGAAAGAAUAUGAAGGAUUUUAACAUUGUGAUAUUUUGCUUGAAAUUAAAAUUGUGAAUUUAUAACUGCGGGCUUUUGAAUAUAAGCAUAUUUUUGUCUCUUUUUUAUAUGAAUGUAUCGUCAGUGGAAACUGUACGUUGGAAAGGUGCUAAUUUUUUUGUUAUUUUUAAAUUUUCUAAAACAAGAACUGCUGAGCUAAAAUCGACUUUAAGUGUUCACAAUUUAGUAUAUUUUUGAAUAAAAUUAUUGUACUUAUAUAAAUUACCAAUGAUUUAUGUGUUCAGAAUUCUCAUAGAAAAAUGACUAAACUAGAAAAAAAAUAGUUAAAUAAUAAAUUCACUAC